AUGUUAGCCGCAGCAACGACGUCCCUCUUUGGGAAAUCGUCAUCCCUCUCAGCAUACACCAUCCACACGACCCCGACCUCCACUCCGAGCUCGUCGUCCUUGAACUUGGCAUCUACACAAGGACAACCAUCUAAACGGAAACCGCUCUCGGUGGGAUUAUGGAAAGUCCUGAGUGGGACGCAUAAGACGACUGGGAAGGAUGUCAGCGUGUGGAUCUUCGAGAAACGGGUGAUUGACGGGGUCAGGAGUCCGCAGCUCAAGGAGAUUGUCCUGGAGACGUUACGGAAAGAGGCUCAAUCGUUGACCAAGCUACGACAUCCAGACCUCCUCCAGAUCACCGAACCGUUAGAAGAGACCCGGUCAGAACUCACGUUCGUCACCGAGGCCAUCACAGGCAGCUUAAGCGGGAUCUUGAGGGACUUGUCGGAGAAUGUACAUGGUCCCGGGUCGGACCGCAAUCGAGGCGGAAGUGCGGGUUUGGAGGUGGAUGAGGUCGAGAUUCAGAAAGGGGUCUUGCAGGUCUCGAGAGCUUUGUCGUUUUUGCAUAAUCAGGCCAAGCUGGUGCAUCUGAACAUCAAUCCGGAUGCUAUCCUUAUCAACACGAAGGGAGAUUGGAAACUCUCAGGACUCACCCACAUCACCCCGAUCCCUUCAUCGUCGUCGUCAGCGAAUCAACAGAAAUACGUCUACCCAGAGGUGGAUAACCGGAUACCGAGCCAGGUCCAGUGGAAGUUGGAUUAUCUCGCCCCGGAGUAUAUCAUCGACGGACCUGGGAGUUGGGGAACAGGGGUGGACGUUUAUAGUCUGGGCUGUCUGUUGUUCGCAGUGCAUUUGGGUGGGAAGCCGCCAUUCAGGAAUAACGGCUCGAUACAGACUGCGACGACGCAUCUGGAACAGGAUCUUGUUCAGGGGUCAUGGCGGGGAGGUAGAAGAUGGCAAGAGGCGGGGGACGAAGUGCGAGACCUGUUACCCAAGCUGAUCACACGGCAUGCUCAACCACGUUUAUCCCUCCCGACCUUGCAAUCACAUUCGUAUUUUUCCUCCCUGGCGAUAUCGACACUCAACUUUUUGGACCCCUCAAACUUCGCCAGUAAACCGAGAGAGGAGAAGGCGUCGUUCUUGAAGGGGCUCUUAAGGGUGUUACCCGGGUUCUCGGAUAGGCUGAAGAGGAGGAAAAUCUUGCCUAGUCUGCUUGACGAGAUGAAAGACGUCUACCUCCUGCCGUUCUUGCUUCCCGACGUCUUUGAGAUCUGCAAGACCUUGACCAAUGACGAAUUCGCCGAGGUCUUGCCUAGGGUCCAGCCGCUGUUCGACCUCAAGGAUUCGGCCCAGACGAUGUUGAUGUUGAUCGAGAGCAUACCGAUGUUUGCGCAAAAGACUUCGCCAGAGGUUUUCAGGAAGAGCGUAAUGCCCCUGAUCUACCACGCGUUGGAGUCGGAACAUUCCAACGUGCAGGAAAAGGUUCUAGGCGCGAUCCCGUCGCUAUGUGAUAAUUUGGACUAUUCGACCUUGCAGGAUAUACUCUUGGUCAAAGUCGCAAUCGUCUUCACCAAGACUACGCUUCUCUCUGUAAAAGUGGAAACUCUGCGCUGUUUCCUGGCCAUGGUCACCAUUCUAGACAAGGCUGUCCUCACGCAAAAGCUGGUUCCAUUACUGGCUAAGAUCAGGACCAAGGAACCGUCGGUCAUGAUGGCAACUCUCGCUGUACACGAGGCCAUGGGAAUGAAAGUCGACCGAGAAGCGGUAGCGGGUCUCGUCCUGCCGCAACUUUGGGCUAUGUCAAUGGGACCACUUUUGAGCGUUGACCAGUUUGGGAAAUUCAUGAGCGUGAUUAAAUCCCUCGGCAACCGCGUCGAAAGGGAACACUUGGAACACCUCCGAGCUAUACGUAGAGCGGAUGAGCAGACGUCCACCUUUGCCGGAGCAUCUGCUACCGCGCCAGGAUUCAGCAUGAACGGGGGCGGCGAGGUCGACUUUGAAGCUCUGGUCGGAUCGAAAGGGACCACUGGAGGUUCGAACGGGGCUGCAAACGGUUCUCGAGGUGUGCAGGGGCUGUCAUUGGAUGACCCGUGGGAUCGCACCGAUGACUGGUUGGCGUCUGCCCCAGCGACGAGCAGCACACGGCCUGCCGUCAACUAUACUCCUACCCACGCGCCGACAACGCCUACCGCAUGUGGUCGCUUGAAAGCACGUCCCGUGCCGGCAUCCACUUUUAAUACUGCUGCCUUCGCUGCCGAGCCCGCCGUAUCGAGACCAAACAACGCUAUGGGGUCGAUGAACGGAAUCAUGCAGAGUACGCCUGCCCUGCCUCCGCCGCAGGUUCAGAUGACGCGAGCACCUCUCUCGCCACGACCAGCCGGACCGAAUUACAACAUAAGUUUAGCACCGCAAGCGCCAACGACAUCGGUAUUCGGAGCCGCUCCCUCUUUGAGUAUGGGUACGAGCAUGAUGGCAUCGAAACCGAUGGCGAUGAACACGACACCAUCAACAGCUGCCCCGCCAGGCUGGACCAAUUCAGGGGGGAUGGGUAUGGGCGGUGUACUACAACCUACAAGGAAAAUCGAGCAAGCCUCGAACAAGAAGACGUUCAACGAUGCCGAUUGGGGAGACUUUGAUCCGCUCAAGUAG